UGCUUCCAUACAUCUUUCUCGCACUCUCACUCCACUCUCACCAAACACUCAGAUCUUCUCACGCAUCAUGAGCCAGGACCAGCAGCGCGUCGCCGUCGUCACAGGAGCCGGGAGCGGCUUCGGAGCCGCCAUUGCUCGCAAGUUCGCGAAGGACGGGGUGGCCGUUGUCGUCUGCGACAUCAACGACGACGCCGGCAAGGCCGUGACAGACGACAUCAACGCGAAGGGCGGCAAGGCCAUCUACGUGAACUGCGAUGUGGCGAAGCGUGAGGCGUGGGAACGGCUGCUGGCCGAGACGACGCAGAAGUUCGGCGGCGUAAACUUCGUGAUCAACAACGCGGGCGCGACGUACAAAAACAAGCCGGUGCUCGACACGACCGAGCGCGACUUCGACCUGUGCUUCGACGUGAACAUGAAGUCGGUGUUCCACAGUGUGCACGUCAUGAUUCCCGCGCUGCGUGAGACGCGCAAGCGCGGCGGGCCGGCCGCUAUCGUCAACGUCGCGUCGACGGCUGGCAUUAUGGGCCGCCCCGGACUCACGUGGUACGCCGCGAGCAAGGCUGCGUGCAUUUCGUGCACCAAGAACCUUGCGAUCGAGUUCGGCCCCGAGCAGAUCCGGUUCAACGCGAUCUGCCCUGUGUUUGGCAACACCGGGCUCAAGCACAUGUUCAUGGGCGAGACGACCGAGGACAUGUUCAUCAAGAGCAUCCCGCUCGGCCGCUGCUCCGAGCCUGAGGACAUCGCCAACUCGACCGUGUUCUUGUGCUCGGACGAGGCCUCGUUCCUCACCGGUGUCGCUCUCCCCGUUGACGGUGGCCGGUUGGCCUAAGCGCGAGGCCGACGCGAAAUCGAGCAGUAGAAAGUACAGCAGUGGCUAUGCAGCAGUAUUCAGAUCGAG